UGCCAACAAUGCAACAAACAUGAUGAAACUGUCCAUCACUUUGUAAUGGCAUGCAACAGAUACGCCAGACAAAGGGCCGCCCUCCGGACAGAGGGUGGCACCCAAGCAAGCCAACUAGAAUUUCUCCUCAGCAUCCAAUACAGAAACAGAGAGCUCCCAAAGUACAUCGUAUACACCAGAAGGCUAGAGAAGACCUUCAGGGACGUCACACCCCCCAAGCCAAAAGAAAGAUAA